UUGAGACUCUAGAAAGAGUGCAGAGAAGAGCAACAAAGAGGAUUAGGGGACUGGAGGCUAAAACAUAUGAAGAACGGAUGCAGGAACUGGGCAUGUCUAGUUUAAUGAAAAGAAGGUGACAUGAUAGCAGUGUUCCAGAAUCUCAGGGGCUGCCCCAAAGAAGAGGGGGAUCCAUCUAUUCUCCAAAGCACCUGAAGGGCAGGACAAGAAGCAACAGGUGGAAACUCAUCAAGGAGAGAAACAACCUGGACCUAAGGAGAAAUUUCCUGACAGUGAGGUCAAUUAACCAGUGGAACAGCUUGCCACCAGAAGUUGUGGGUGCUCCAUCGCUGGAGGUUUUUAAGAAGAGAUGGGACAGCCAUUUGUCUGAAUAGGGUGUCCUGCUUGAGGUGGUGGCUGGACUAGAUGACCUCCGAUGUCCCUUCCAGUUCUGAUAUUCUGUAUUCUAUUCCAAGUGAGAUAUUUAUAGUAAGAAUUAGGGAGGAAUAGCAGCCACAGCUAACUCUGUCUCUAGGGCCCUCCGGUCACAAUCCUCCCCUUAUUCCAGAGUGGCAUCUUUGAAGGGUCUCCAUCUUAAAAAUGCUCAGAACCUCCAAGAUGGGAGGAGACAAGGGCAUCCCUGGGUGGCACAAAAGACAUACCUGGCGUGGCCAUUCUGUCCUCCAUCUACCUGGACAGGAUGCCAACCUUGAGAUGCAGAGUCGCGUUUAUCCCUCACCAAUGCUUCCCCUUCCAGGCUCGACCUACCAAGGUUGAGAUCCAGCGCAGUCUCUGUGUUGUUCCUUUCCUAUUUGCCACCUGUCUCAGGUGGACAGGUAACCCAGGAAGUGGCUUCAGGGUUGCCAUCAAUCAUUCAUGCUGCCCAUUGUCCUUUGAGAGGCAGGUGGUGUUCUCCAAGCACACAAAAGACUCGGCUGGCUGCAGCUCCGGACAGGUAAGGCAGUUGAGGGGGCCGCCCCAUGGCAGUUUCCACAGGUUAGGGUUUUUCCCUGUGACCAGCUGACUUGGUCGCCCCACAUCCUUGGAGAAAGAAGCAACUGGCCUGAAACCAAUCAAUGUCCAGCAAUUGUCUGACUUCCCUCCAAGGUCCGGAGAGCAAAUCCAAAACUUUCCAGACCAUUCAGUGGGGUGAAGAGGGCCCUGGACCACUGAGGACAAAAGGCCGCCCAUCUCUGGGGCUGGGAGUGACAGCAGGAGAAGAAGGACUAAGGGUGACCUGAUAGCAGUCUGUCAAUAUCAAGACGAAGGAGAGGGGCUCCACCUCUUCUCCAAAGCCCCUGAAGGCAGGACAAGAAGCCACGGCUAGAAACUAAUCCAGGAGAGAAGCAACGUGGAACUAAGGAGGAAUUUCCUGAGGGUGGGAACAAUUUCUCAGUGGAAUGGCUUGCCUUCCCUGGAAGCUUUAAAGAAGAGACCGGACCGCCAUUUGUCCGAAAUGGGUAUACGGUUUCCAGCCUGAGCAGGGGGUUGGACUAGAAGACCUCCAAGGUCCCUUCCGUUAUUCUGUAUAUGGCUGUCCAGUCUCUUCUGGAGGGAAGCCAUUCCACUGAUGAAUUGUUCUCCCUGUCAGGAAAUUCCUCCUUACUUCCACGUUGCUUCUCUCUCCUUGAUGAUCUUCCUUCUCUUGCUUCUUGUCCUGCCCUCAGGGGCUUUGGAGAAUAGAUUGAGGCCCUCUUCUAUGUGGCAGCCCCUCAGAUAUUGGAGGACAGUUACCAUGACAUCCCUCGUCCUCCUUUUCACUAGACUAGACCUAAUAAUUAAAUAAAAAAAUUAAUUUAAGUAAUUAAUUAGAAUUAGAAUUGUCCAUGUUGACCAGUUUUCAACAGAAUCAUUUCUUCCUAGGAAGACUUCCUGACAAGUAACAGAGCUUUCAGUUAAAGUGGGGAGUGAGCGGAGGGGCUCCACGAUCCCUCCCUGUCCAUCUGUCCUUGUCCGACUGGUCUUCUCACCCUGCCAGCCCUCCUGAGUGCCCCCAUGGUCUCUCCGGCCAUCGCUCUGGCCUUCCUGCCCUUUGUGGUCACCCUGCUCAUCCGCUAUCGCCAUUACUUCCUGCUCUUCUACCGAGCGGUGCUGCUCCGGAAGCUGCGGGACUCCCUGACUGGCGUCUCCCGGGAGGAGAGGGCCUUCCGUUACGUCCUGACCCACGCCAUCCCCGGAGACCCCCUGCACAUCCUGGAGACCUUCGACCAAUGGAGCUACCACUGCGAGUAUCUCAGCAACCUGGGACCCCAGAAAGCAAAGAUCCUGGAGCGUCUGAUUUAUGGCCAGGCUCCCCUGACGGUGCUGGAGCUGGGCACCUACUGUGGCUACGCCUCCGUCCUCAUUGCGCAGUCUCUACCGUUGGGCGCCCGGCUGUACACGGUGGAGAUGGAUGCGUGCCGGGCAUCCGUGGCAGAGAAGGUGAUCCGGCUGGCUGGCUUUGACGAUGACACGGUGGAACUCAUCGUGGGCCCCUCGGAGGAGGUCAUCCCCCUCCUCAAGGAGACCUUUCUGCUGAUGGAGGCCCUGGUGGUCAUGAGCCACUGGAAGCGAUGCUACCUCCGGGAUCUGCAGCUGCUGGAAGAUCAAGGCCUCCUCCAGCCGGGGGCCACCAUCCUGGCGGACAACGUCAUCUUCCCCGGCGCCCCCCAAUUCCUCCAGUAUGCCAAGGCCUGCGGGAAGUACAAGUGGAGGGUGCACCGGACCAGCCUCCAGUACUUCCGCGGCAUUCCCGACGGCAUGGCCCAGCUGACCUACGUGGGGCUGGAGUGAGGGGCAGGGCUGCCUCCGUGCCAGAGGGAGGGGCGCAGGGGGGCAUCCGCUCUGGGAAAAAGGGCCCAGGCGAAUUGCCCAGCAGACUAAAAAUCUCUGCCAGGCACGGUUUGAAACCUCUGGAAAAUGCCACAUGGGCAUACGGUCCAAAAUCUCUGUGGCCAGCUUCUCCUGCUCAAAAGAUCCCAUGAAGGUCAUCCUCAAUUUACGAUCACAAUUGAGUCCGAAAUUUAUGUUGCUAGGCAAGAUAUUUGUUAAGUGAGUUUUGCUCCAUUUGAAGUGCGUGAAAAAGAGUUAUGUUGUUGUUUUUUCAGUGCUGUGGCAAGUUGUGGGGGCUUCAUUGCUGGAGGUUUUUUAAGAAGAGACUAGACAGUGGUAUAGGGUCCCCUUCUUGAACAGGGGGCUGGACUAGAAGACCUUCAAGGUCCCUUCCAGUUCUAUUCUGAUUGAUUGUAAGUCAAGGACUACCUGUAAUACUUAAAAAAAAACACUUUAAAACAAAGGGUUGACUUUGUUUGCCUUCUUCUUAAUCUUCUAUCAAUGUUGGGAUCACAAGAAGCUUCACAAACUUUAUUUAUUUAUUUAUUUAUUGGUUCAAUUUAUAUGCCUCUCUUCUCCGGAGACUCAGGGCGGCUUACAGUGCGUUAAGCAACAGCCUUCAUACUUUUGUAUAUUUUUAUACAAAGUCAGCUUAUUGCCCCCACAAUCCGGGUCCUCAUUUUACCUACCUCGAAAGGAUGGAAGGCUGAGUCAACCUUGAGCUUGGGGAGAUUUGAACUUGCAGUAAUUGCAGGCAGCAGGUACUACUUAACAGCACUUUAACAGUACUUUAGUCUGCUGCACCACCAAGGCUCUUACCUUUAACUGUAAACUUGAGUUUACAGUUAAAGGUAGUUAAAUUGUAGACUUACAAUGACCGUUUAAAUUACAACAGCAUUGAAAAAAGUCACUUACGAUUGUUUUUCACACUUACAACCAUUGCAAUAUCCCCAUGGUCAUAUGAGCAAAAGUCAGAGGCUUGGCAACUGGCAGGUACUUAUGUCUGUUGCAGUGUCCUGGGGUCACGUGAUCCGCUUUUGCCACCUUCUGACAAGCAAAGUCGAUGGAGAAGCCAGAUUCACUUAACAACCAUGUAACUUGAGAACUGCAGUGAUUCACUUAACAACUGUGGUCACAAAAGGUCGUAAAAUGGGGCAAAACUCACUUAACAACCGUCUUGCUUAGCAACAGAAAUCCAAUUGUGCUUGUUAAGUUGAUGGCUACCUGUACAAGAGAUGGAAUGAGGAAGCUUUGAUUUCCUUCUGGACUCUUCUUACAUCCACCAUAAUUUGCCACUGAAGUUUUAAGUCAAAUUGCUGACUUGCUGUAAAGAGAUUCCAUAUUGCAUCCAUGGAUGGUGCAGUAAGAUCUCCAAGUUGGACCUUCCUUGCCCAGUCCUCAAGAUACGACGCUUGAGCGUCCGGUGAAGAAUUGACAAAACUCCCAUUCUCUGACCAGCUCGUACGUGAGAUCUUCAUGAGAAAGCAAAGCCACCGAUCUUAAGUUUGGAGAUGCAGCGGGUUACCUCCGAUGGUGGUUAGUAGUCUUCCGAAUCCAUGUUUGUCCCUCUCCUGGUUGCAAUCUGAAAGAACUGGAGUUUAUGAGAACACCUUCUCUGUGUUGGCUAGGGCAGGGGUCUCCAACCUUGGCUACUUGAA